GGUGGGGGAGGAGGAAGAGGAGGGAGCGGUCGCCGCCGCCGUGCGCUCGCGGGCCCGGGCGGAGCUGCGCAGUCUUCUCCCAGCCGGCGCGCGGCCGUGCCCACAAGUUGCCGGCAGCCGAGCGCGCCGCCGCCUCCUGCUCGCAGCCCCCUGCGCCUGCCCAGCGGCCGUGGCCGGCUCUAGGACGCACAUCCCGUGGACACCCACCCCAGAUGUAAAGCCGGACAGCAGCCCCUCGCCCCCAGGCGCUACCCACUGAGUCUCACCAGCGUCUCCUCUGCCAAACCCCGCGGCUGGAAGAUGUGGCAGCCGGCCACGGAGCGCCUGCAGCACUUUCAGACCAUGCUGAAGUCUAAAUUGAAUGUCCUAACACUGAAAAAGGAACCCCUCCCAGCAGUCAUCUUCCAUGAGCCUGAGGCCAUCGAGCUGUGCACCACCACUCCCCUGAUGAAGACCAGAACUCACAGUGGCUGCAAGGUGACCUAUCUGGGGAAAGUCCCCACCACGGGCAUGCAGUUUUUGUCAGGCUGCACAGAGAAGCCCGUCAUCGAGCUCUGGAAGAAGCAUACACUAGCCCGAGAAGACGUGUUUCCGGCUAACGCUCUCCUGGAAAUCCGACCGUUCCAAGUGUGGCUCCAUCACCUGGACCACAAAGGAGAGGCCACAGUCCACAUGGAUACCUUCCAGGUGGCCCGCAUCGCCUACUGCACCGCCGACCACAACGUGAGCCCGAACAUCUUCGCCUGGGUUUACCGGGAGAUCAACGACGACCUGUCCUACCAGAUGGACUGCCACGCUGUCGAGUGCGAGAGCAAGCUGGAAGCCAAGAAGCUGGCCCAUGCCAUGAUGGAGGCCUUCAAGAAGACUUUCCACAGUAUGAAGAGUGAUGGCCGGAUCCACAGGAACAGCUCAUCCGAAGAGGUCUCCCAGGAAUUGGAAUCCGACGAUGGCUGAAUGAACUUAGGGUGCUUCGGCAAAGGCAGCAUUGGUCAAGGGAUUCCAGACGGUAGAUGAAUAAGCAACGAUUCACAUUGGGGAUGAAAGACUGCCAAACUAUUGGCUGACCAAGCUUUUUAAAUUCAGAAGAGCAAUUCUAAAUCUAAAGAAAUGUAUUAUUAAAGUAAUUACGUUACAUUGAAAUCUGCUGCUGCUGUGACUGUGCGGAGGGUGGGAGUGUGGAUGGGGAGGAAAGUUCUAGACUCUCUUCUGUUUUUUCCCCCCCGUCAUUUCCCAUUGCCUCCCGUAGCAGAUCUCCAUGCUGAUUUUCACCACUCUCAGGCAAAUACACUGAGGCUGUUAUUUGAUGGACCAUUCCAGUUUGCCUUACGAAACCCAACGAGAAUGUUAGAUGCACCUGUAGGAUCCCUAGUCGUGGUGGGGUUGGGGGGGCAUGGAAGUCACGGGGCUAAAGGACAACCUCAGGUGGAUCUGACCCUGAGAGUUCCUCUCCCAUGGCAUGUUUUAGAUUCUCUCCUCAGUAAGCCAAUCAGCACAGCCUUCAUUGAGCUUUACGACUAACAGCCUGAUAGUUGACAAUUAAUUCACAGUUAAAGAUAAUGCUUUUAUUUGCAUAAAUAUAUCAAGUAAUACCCUCUUAGUGUAUUCACCUCAUCUAUUUUCUUAGAAUCCUUGCAUCUACUAAUAAUAGAUGGUAGUUCCCUCCUCCUGCCCCAUCCACCAUCUUUCCCCUUCCAACCCGUGUCAACAUCCCCACAAGGAUAGACUCUCAACAUACACUGCAGGACACCAAAAGGGAAGAAAAUAACCAAGCAGAUGAAAUGAACCAUCAAGCCAGCUAGGAGUUUAACACAACCACCACCACAAUAGAAACCUUGGACAGUGGGAAUGAGCUAUCAGCACCUGGACAAACUCUGUGUUGGCUGUCCUGUUCUCAACCCUGUUUGACGGUAACUUAUUUAGUUGAUGGCCUGUCUGAUGACUUCAUGGCAAGCUUCAAAUCUGAUUUGGUGUAACCAAGGAAGACUUGCCCCCAUCACUCAACGUUGCGCUCAGAGGGAAUGAGGUCUAUCAACUUGGCUUGUCUAGAGCCCCUGUGUUCAUCUUAAUCUAAAGAGAAAUCUGACCUUGUUAUCUUGCAAUUGGUAACAUCUCAGGGUCAGGGUUGCCAGUGUGUUCCCUAUUGCUAAUGAGAAGUUCUCACUGAGAGAACCUGAGAUUUCUUAGUUUCAUGGCUCUUUCAAUGUCAUAAGCAAUAAGAGUCAACGUUAAAGGAGGUUGAAAGUCUUUGUUAAAAUACACACAUUUAUGGCCGAGAGCAGAUGGUUAGUUUUCCAGGUAAUGCUGCUCAUUUAUUAAAGUCUGUUCUUACCCCUGGUAAUGUUAGGGGUGUUGGGACACCUUACAGCAGCCUUAUGUGAGAGCUAAUCGCAUCCGGAGAGCACUGGUGUUGGUGUUUCGGUCUGUGUAUCUGUGUGUCCCUGUAUGCGUUUGUGUGUGUGUACAUGUGCCCCUGGGUGUGGGUCUGGGUUUAAGGCAUGUGGAAUAAGCAUGGAGUCAUAUCGAGGAGAACCUGCCUCUUGGAGAUACGCUUGCUGCUUUCCGACACAUGUAAACUAUUCUUUAGCAUAAAUGCAUUCAUUCUUUAAUAAAACAUAUGUUUGCAUUAAUAAAGCUGAGGAGUUUCAUA